CCCUCCCUCUGCAUGUGUUCAGCUGCUCCAGCUGUCGGUCUCCCCACUCACUCUCUCAGGGUCACACAGGCAGGAGUUGAAGGGACCACUUCUGUACGCCCAGCUCAGCCGGGACGACCGCAGCCAGCAGGAGGAAACACUGGUCAGAGGGACGCCGUCACACACAAGAGGACCCACCCGGAAAGAUUCGCCAAUCACAGAAACCACUUCCUGGCUGCUCUGAACGUCACAAAGUCGGCUGCCUCUCUCAUCUACCUGUCUGAUAGCCGUGUGUGUUUGUGUGCGUGUGUGUCCGUGUGUGUCCGUGUGCAUGUUUGACGUGCGUUCCUGACCCGACCCCCCCCCUCAACACACAAAUUAGUCUAUUAGUAUGCAGGGCGCUUGUGUGUCAGUCUUGUGCGUGUGCAUAUGUGUGUCUGCGCUCCUCCGCAGUGCUAUUUCACAGCCACCGAAAGAAAGUGACACCUACACGGAAUGCACAGAUGGGUAUCACUGGGACGCUCAGACCGAGCACUGCAAAGACAUAAACGAGUGUGAGACUAUUCCAGAUGCCUGCAAAGGGCAAAUGAAGUGCUACAACCACUACGGAGGGUACCUGUGCCUUCCACACACUGCGGAAGUCUUCCCAGCUCCAGAGCCCGCCAUCACGCCCACCGUGACCAACCCCUGCCCUCUGGGCUACGAGUCGCAGGGAGACAGCUGUGUGGACAUCGAUGAGUGUGAGCGAGACGAACACGACUGCCAGCCCAGUCAGCAGUGUAUCAACUCACUGGGGGCCUUCACCUGUCAGUGUCCGGACGGUUACCGCAAGGUUGGCACCGAGUGCAUUGACAUCGAUGAGUGCAGGUACAGGUACUGUCAGCAUCGCUGUGUCAAUGUCCCCGGCUCCUUCUCUUGUCAGUGUGAACCUGGUUUCCAGCUGGCAGGAAACAACCGGUCUUGCGUCGAUGUGAAUGAAUGUGAUAUGGGCGCCCCCUGCUCUCAGAGGUGUUACAACACCUACGGCACCUUCCUCUGUCGCUGUGAUCAGGGCUAUGAGCUCGGGCCUGAUGGCUUUGCCUGUAAUGACAUCGAUGAGUGCAGCUACUCCAGCUACCUGUGCCAGUACCAGUGUGUCAACGAACCAGGGAAGUUCUCCUGUGUGUGCCCAGAAGGAUACCAGAGGCAAAACACCAGACUAUGCCAGGACAUAAACGAGUGUGAAACAGGUGAACAUCAGUGCACCGACACACAGACCUGUGUGAACAUCCACGGGCGGUACCAGUGUGUGGACUCGAACCGCUGCCAGGACCCUUACGUACAAGUGUCUGAGAACCGCUGUGUGUGUCCCGUCAACAAACCCCUCUGUCGAGAUCUGCCUUUCUCCAUCGUCCAUCGCUACAUGAGCAUCACCUCGGAGCGCUCUGUCCCCUCCGACAUCUUCCAGAUUCAGGCCACCAGCGUCACUCCCGGGGCGUACAACACCUUCCGCAUCCGCUCCGGUGACGAAAACGGAGACUUCUACAUCAGGCAAAUCAAUAACAUCAGCGCCAUGCUGGUGCUGGCCCGCGCCGUGUCGGGGCCCAGAGAGUACACGUUGGACCUGGAGAUGGUGUCGGUUAACCCUCUGCUCAGCUACCAGGGCAGCUACCAGACCAGCUCUGCCCUCCGACUCUCCAUCUAUGUGGGGCCAUACACCUUCUAAAGAAGAAGAAGAAGAAGAAGAAGAAGAAGAAAAAGAUGAAGAUGAUGAAGAAGAAGAAGAGUGGAGGGACACAGAGAGAGAUUGAGAGAGAGAGAGAGAGAGAGAGAGAGAGAGAGAGAGAGAGAGAGAGAGAGAGAGAGAGAGAGGAGAAACAGAGAUGCAAAAAAAAAAAGAAAAAACCAAAGCUGUAAAACAAAAGUGGUCAAUGCAACCAGUCACUGUGAUGUUACACUCUGAGCUUUUUUUGUACUUCCAAAGAAAGCCUCACAUUUCUGUCAGCCCACCAUAUUACACGUAAGAUUAUACAUAAGAUGAAGUAUACAUGAACAUUAUUGUCUCGCAGAUAACAGCCUUAAAACAAUUAGUCCAGUCAAACUUGUUCCCUCGUGUUUAAAGUGUCGGGAUAUCAUGUUUACCGUUACGUUGUAUUUAACGCCACUCUGAUCUGACGGGAUUUCUUUUCCUUACAUCUGUUCGGGGUGAUAACAAACCUGCCAGGCAUUUUUUUUUUCCCCCCCGUCUCCCUUCGUGUGGAGCGAUCCACAUCCAUAUUAAUCUGUUUUCACCGGUUUACAUUCUUAUCUUUCGGUUCCGCUCUGUUUGUCACUUCAUUCUCGUCGGCUCCGUUUCCUGUUGACAGACAUGAUUCAGUAACCACUCAGACCAGACCUCAGCGUCCCGACUCCUCCUUCACCCUCCACCGUUCAGUCCCAUGUGCAAGCUCUCCCUCACUGCCUUUUGUAGGCUUGUCUCAUUGCUGAUUGUGUUGUGUUUUGUUUUUGUCUAAGAUUUAAACCCAAAUAAAACAAUAUACCUUUUA